AUGCUACUGAGCUUGCCUGAUGACAUCCUCAGCGAGCUAUUUGACGUGCUCGCUCAGCUCGACCCUCCACGAUCAACACCUGCAUUGCUAUCAUCUCGUUCCAGGCCCGAGUCUUGGAAACUGCUAGGAUGGAUCAAACUCACGCAUGUCAGUCGGUACCUUCGGGAGAUUGGGCUUAGACGUGCGACUUUGUGGGCCCGCGACGUCACUGUGUUUCCUGCUGCUCUCAACAUCUUGCUCGAGCGCUCAAGGGAUGCGCCUCUGACUCUGAGGCUUGAUGGGCCAGGGCUCCGUUCAGACGCCGUUACAACAGUCAUUCAAGCUCAGUUACACCGCACGCGCGAACUAUAUGAUCAGGAUACUGCUCGUAUCAUUGAGCGGGAUCAAGGUGGUGCCCUUGUUUCACGUCAGCCCAGGAGGGAUUGGGAGAGCAUUCUGGCGGGCCGUGCGAUGCCUUCACUCGAAUUUGUGAGCUUCUCAGGCUGGCAUACCGGGAAGAGCUCCGACCCAGUAAAUAUCGAGAAGCCUUUCAUAGCUCCGGCAUUACGCAGCUACAUGAUGCACAAGUUUCUGCCCUUCAGCGCGCCUUCGCUCCGCGAAUUGGCCCUCUAUGACCGGAGGUUGAAGUGGACGCAUUACCUCGAUAUCAUCGAGGCCUGUCCACUACUCACCCACGUGACCAUCAUUGGAGGUCUAUGGUCGACGUUGGGCGAGGAGGAUGUCAUACAGCAAGGCAGAGAAGGGAUGGAGGAAUCCGAAUUGGAGACAGCCCUUGGCAGUCUCAUCGCCUCCUCGGGCUCGCGUACGAUUGCGAUGGGACACCUCAAACGCAUGCACAUCGAAGGCGGAUUCGAAGCCUACAUCCUUUUACAUCACCUCUCUCUCCCCUCGAGCGCCGCGGUGAAUGUGGCGGCAUACGAUCGAACAUCUCGCUUCCGAGGCUUCGCGUCCUUGCUCGAGGCUCAACUACGCCACCCCACACGGGACGUGCUAGUCCUCUCUAGGUCCCUACAUCCUGAGUUUCUUCAUCGUAUCGACCAGAGCACGUCGGUGUCUCUCGGGGAAAGCCAAGACGGUUGGUCAUGGCCCUCCACCAUAGAAGGGAUCACGAUGACGCUGAAAUCCACUCCAUGGACUCCUCUUUUUGAUCCUGUGCCGUCGCAAUGGAACUAUCUGCCUCCCGAGGUCGCUCAAAGGAUCAAAACACUCGCCAUCGAAAGGGAUACUGGUGACGAUGACUCGCUCAGUGUUGAGCAAUUCGCCGACUGGUGGGCAGGUCUCAACCGCUUCUCUGCUGUGACCACCCUGUACAUCCGGAGAGACUUCCAACCAAUUUUUGCUCUUCUCAACGCGGGUUCGCUUUCCCACCGCCCACUGCUUCCCAAGUUACACACCAUCGUCAUUUACGCGCCCCCCUACGAGCAGGCGCUGUCGCCGACAUUGUGGGUCGAGCUGAUAUGCCUACUCGGUGCGAGGAAGGGUAUGGGCCACCCGGUAACGCGCGUUGUGUUGACCGGGCGUGCGUGCCAUUUGGUGGACGAGGGGUUGAGCUCGACGAACGAGCAAACCGGAGAAGCCGAAUACUAUAUGGAAAAGCUGCGACCCGAGGCGCUGAAUGGUUUGGUGGAGGAGGUUAUUGAUGAGCGAGAGAAGAUCAGUGGAGGUUGCGAUUGUGCCACACGGAGGAAGCCGCUGAAAAGGCGGGUGCGAUAUGUAGCCGUGUAG